GUGGCAAGUAAAACUAAUCUCACGAUUUUCAAAGAUAAUUUAUUCAUUUUCUAUUAGUAUUAAUUGCAGACAAUCUUUUAUUUAAUACACAAAUAAAUUUAAAAUUGAAGCACAAUGCCGGACAUAGAGAACUUGAGUAUUAGUGGAAUAUACACAUCGGAGAAGCUAGGGAGUGAUGAAUCAGGAGAUGGUACGGAAGGUAAGCCAUUCAAAACUAUAUUGCAGGCUAUGCGCCAUGCGGGCAAAGAACCAUUUCCUACAAUUUAUGUAGACGCUAAAGAAGAAGGAAAAACUUUUGAAGUUGCGGCAAAAUCUCAAUUAAAGAAGAUUCAGAAGAUCUGGGUUCGAGAAAACUAUAAGGCCGCUGAUAAAGCGAAAGCCGAAGAGGAAAGCAACGAGAGAAGACAACAGAACCUCGAGGAAGCGAAAAAAAUUGUUAUUCAAGAGGACCCUAGCUUGCCUAAAGCAAAAGUCAUUAAAAUAUUCGAAACUGGCAACCACCGCGGUGAACGGAUAUGCAUUAGUGGCUGGGUCCACCGUCUCCGACACCAAGGCAAGGCUCUGACUUUCAUCACACUCCGUGAUGGCACGGGCUACCUGCAAUGCGUGUUGCAUGGUAUCUUAUGUCAGACUUACAAUGCCCUUGUUUUAACUACUGAGUCUUCGGUUACUUUGUACGGGAAGCUAGAGGUUGUUCCUGAAGGGAAAAUUGCACCGGGUGGCCAUGAGUUGUCAGUAGAUUAUUGGGAGCUAGUGGGUCUAGCCCCACCAGGCGGCGCAGACGCCAUCCUUAACGAGGAAGCUCUACCUGAUGUACAGCUGGACAACAGGCACAUAAUGAUCCGUGGAGAGAACACGUCGAAGGUGCUGCGCGGGCGCGCGGCAGUGACGCGGGCUUUCCGCGAACAUUUCGCCGCGCGGCACUACACCGAGGUGACCCCGCCGACACUGGUGCAGACUCAGUGCGAAGGGGGCAGUACGUUAUUCAAGUUUAAAUACUUCAACGACGACGCGUACCUGACGCAGAGCUCGCAGCUGUACCUGGAGACGUGCCUGCCGGCGCUGGGCGACGUGUACUGCAUCGCGCAGUCCUACCGCGCGGAGCAGUCGCGCACCAGGCGCCAUCUCGCCGAGUACAGCCACGUAGAGGCGGAGUGCCCGUUCAUAACGUUCGAAGACCUCCUCGAUCGUCUGGAGGACCUGGUCGUGGACGUGGUGGACAGAGUCCUGGCGUCGCCGGACGCGCAUCUCGUCCAUGAGCUGAACCCCAACUUCAAGCGUCCAGAGAAGCCGUUCAAGCGCAUGACGUAUAUCGAAGCCAUUGAAUAUCUCCGCGAGCACAACAUCACCAAGGAAGACGGAUCCUUCUAUGAGUUCGGAGAGGAUAUUCCAGAAAUGCCAGAGCGCAAAAUGACGGAUCAGAUAGGCGUACCAAUCUUGCUGUGCAAGUUCCCUGCUGAGAUAAAGUCGUUCUACAUGCCGCGCUGUAAAGACGAUAACAGGUUGACCGAGUCUGUGGACGUCCUUAUGCCCGGAGUGGGGGAGAUUGUGGGAGGGUCCAUGAGGAUAUGGGAUCACCAGGAGCUUAUGGAAGGCUACAAACGCGAGGGCAUCGACCCCACCCCCUACUACUGGUACACGGACCAGCGCAAGUUCGGCUCGGUGCCGCACGGCGGGUACGGCCUCGGCCUGGAGAGGUUCCUCUGCUGGCUCUUUAACCGCUACCACAUCAGAGAAGUCUGCCUGUAUCCGAGGUUCCUUGAACGCUGCACGCCUUAACUCAUCAUUUUCUUAUUACAAUUGAGCAUAUUCCAGUUUUCUCCGCACGUGUAUGUAUCUACUGAAACAGAAAAUAAUUUUCUCAAGUAAAAAUUAUUUAGACUAACAUAAUAGAGAUACUCGUGCUGAGCCAACUCGCAUAACAGAAAAUCAUAUGCUCUAAACUAUCUUACUUCCAAACAAAGCAUUUCGUUGGCGUAAUUAUGAGUAAGUUAAUUUAUAA